UUUUCAUUUCUCAUCAUUUCUUCUAUUCCUCUCUUCUCUCUUUUUCUCUUCAUGUCAGUUCCCUUUACUUCUCUCAUUUCAAUUUGCAUAAUAUUAAUAUCUCCCAGCUUCUUCGCUGCCUGCAGUCCCCUUCUGGGUUUUGAGCUUAUCUUCUGCUCCAAUUUGAGAGACAAAUUAAAACAAACAAAUCCAAACAAACAAUGCCGCAGGCCUCAGGUGAUAAUGCAGCAGAACCUUCUUCCGACGGCGGAGGGAAUUCCACUCGCCGGAAUCUUCAUUUCCGGGCGACGCCGGCGCCGAUCACGCUCAAGUUUAUGGACGUAUCUUACCGAGUCAAGCUCCACGACGGCGGCCAUAAAUCAAGCAAGAUAAGGACCAUCUUCGGCGGCGGAGGGGCGGCGGCGGCGGCGGCGGCGCCUCCAACCGACGUGGAGAACCCGGCGGCGGCGGUUCACCACCGCCACGACGAACGAACGAUUCUCAACGGCAUCACUGGGAUGGCCUCGCCGGGGCAGGUCCUAGCGAUCCUCGGCCCUUCCGGCAGCGGAAAAUCGACGCUUCUGAACGCCCUCGCCGGCCGGCUCCACCACGGCCACGGACUCGCCGGCGCGGUCCUGUUCAACAACCGGAAAAUCACGAAACCGGUCCAGAAGCGGACCGGGUUCGUGGCGCAGGACGACGUUCUGUACCCUCACCUAACGGUCCGCGAAACCCUGGUCUUCUGCUCCCUGCUCCGCCUCCCAAACACCGUGUCCCGCGACGACAAGAUCGCCGUCGCCGAAUCGGUGAUCGCCGAGCUCGGCCUGUCGAAAUGCGAGCACACCAUCAUCGGCAACAGCUUCAUCCGAGGCGUCUCCGGCGGGGAGCGGAAGCGCGUGAGCAUAGCACACGAGCUCCUGGUGGACCCCAGCCUCCUGAUCCUCGACGAGCCGACGUCUGGCCUCGACGCUACGGCGGCCUACAGGGUGGUGGCGACCCUGCGUGGCCUGGCGGCGAAGGGGAAGACGGUGGUGACGUCGGUGCACCAGCCGUCGAGCCGUGUCUUCCAGACGUUCGACGAUCUGCUGGUCCUGUCGGAGGGGAGGUGCAUCUACUUCGGAAAAGGCAGCGCCGCCAUGGCCUACCUCGCCUCCGUCGGCUUCACGCCGGGCUUCGCCAUGAAUCCAGCAGAUUUCUUGCUGGAUCUCGCCAACGGGGUGUGUCAGCAAGAUGGCUCUAGUGAAAGAGAGAAGCCUAAUGUGAGGCAGGCACUGGUCUCUUCCUACAACACUUUGUUAGCACCUAAGGUGAAAGUGGCAUGCAUGGAUGCACAGGCUACGGUUAGAAGAGAAGCUACAAAUGAUGGAAAUACGAGUAAAUACAGAAGGUGUUCUGAUCAUCUUACCUCGUGGUUUAAUCAGUUCAGCAUUUUGCUCCAGAGGAACCUCAAGGAGAGAAAGCACGAGACAUUCAACUCCCUGAGGGUAUUUCAGGUGAUCGCAGCCUCAUUGCUGGCAGGUUUCAUGUGGUGGCAUUCGGAUUACAGGGACGUUCAGGACCGCCUGGGGCUUCUGUUCUUUAUAUCCAUCUUCUGGGGAGUGUUCCCCUCUUUCAACGCUGUCUUCGCCUUCCCUCAGGAACGUGCAAUUUUCAUCAAAGAGAGGGCUUCAGGCAUGUACACAUUGUCAUCUUACUUCAUGGCGAGGAUCACUGGAGACCUUCCAAUGGAACUCAUCCUGCCUACUUUGUUCCUGUCCAUAACAUAUUGGAUGACAGGACUCAAACCUGAAGUAUCUUCCUUUGUGUUGACAUUGAUCAUCUUGCUCGGUUAUGUGCUCGUGUCCCAAGGACUCGGGCUUGCCCUGGGUGCCCUGAUCAUGGACGCCAAGCAGGCAUCAACUGUGGUCACUGUCACGAUGCUGGCCUUCGUGUUGACAGGAGGUUACUAUGUGCACAAGGUGCCGCCAUUCAUGUCAUGGAUAAAGUAUGUCUCCACCACAUUCUACAGCUACAGGCUUCUCAUAAAUGUCCAAUACGGAGAAGGGAAAAACAUCACAUCCCUGUUUGGUUGCCCAACUCUGGGCCAUGAUCAUGUCACCUGCAAAUUCAUUGAUCAAGACAUUAGUGGUCAGAUCCAUCCAGCAACAAGUGUAGUGGCAUUACUUAUCAUGUUUGUAGGAUACCGACUGAUGGCGUAUAUGGCACUGCGCCGAAUUCGAGCUUGAGGGAGGAGACAGUGAAAGCUGAAAAUGCCUCCAAUGCUGCUACAAAUCUGCUAUGAUGUGAAACCUGGAAGAGACAGAAAACAGAGCAGUGUAUGCUCCUGAUGAGCAGGAGCCAACUGUAUGAACGAAUUAGGAGAGAAGUAUCAAUUUGAACAACCAAGCAAGAGUAGAGAAUUGUAAGAAAAACUUCCUGUAUGGCUUUGCACCAACUGGCAAGCCAAUCAAUUCCAAAUUCCAAUGAAGUAAAUUUUACCC